UGUAGAUAGGACUUAGUUAGGCCUUUGGCGACCGGGACCUAGAUGCACUCAAACGUCCAUAUCUCCUUCUUUAACUGCAGCCUUGGCAAAUGCUUGCAUGUCAGAUGUAUACCCAAUAAAGAUCAAGGUUUUCAUUCUCAAAGUCUUGUGGAUGCCGAUGACGGCGCCGAAAACGUCAUUAAAUGCACACAUCGCGGACAGUUGCUCAAAACAGAAAAAGUGACAGCCUAGUUAUAGAUCGGGGAUAAAUUCAAUGUAGGAAAAACCCGAAAACAAAGUAAGUUAUAUAAACGGUAGCUUAUCCCUCAAUGCUCAACCAACAUGAUGAUAUUCCAAAACACUCACAUAGACACAUAUACUCCGUACACUAUACACGCUAUUCAACCAGAAUAUCCCACGAAUAGAACAUUUGCAAUUCUCAAAGUUAAAAAAAAACUCACCGAGACCACCAAACCCCAAAAAACCUCAUCUAGAUCCAUCAACAUGUCCGUCCCUACCUGGCUCAUCACAGGCGCCUCCUCGGGUUUUGGCGAAGCAAUUGCUAAGGAUGCCCUCUCACGGGGCCACACCGUGAUCGCAACGGCGCGGUCGGCAAACUGCCUCAAGCACCUGGCCGAGCUGGGCGCCAAAACGAUGGCGCUGGACGUGACGGCGUCCGACGCCGAGCUGGCCUCCAAGAUGGCCGAGAUCGGUACCGUCACACACGUGCUCAACGCCGCCGGCUACCUGCUCGAAGCCGCGAUGGAGGAAGCCACAGCCGCCGAAAGCGAGGCCAUUUACCGGACCAACGUGCUCGGGGCCGUCAACAUCACCAAGGCAGUGAUGCCAGGGCUGAGGGCGGUGGCGGCCGACGGCAGCGCGGGCGUGCAGCCUGUCAUUGCACACUUUGGCAGCCUGGGGAGCUGGAUCGGCGGCGCGGCGGUGGCGCACUACUGCAGCACCAAGUGGGCCGUCUCGGGCUUGUGCGAGGGGAUCCGCGAAGAGGUGUCUGAGUUCGGCAUCGCAGCGUGUACAAUCGAGCCCGGCUACUUCCGGACCGAGAUCCUCAACACGGCCGGCGGGAAGAGCAGGCGCGUGCAGGCCUCGGAGCCAAAGAGUGACAUUUACGGCGAGGACAGCGCGGUCGGCAAGUACAAGGCGGCGCUGGAGCUCAGCAACAACAAGCAGCCGGGCGACGUGCUCAAGGGGGCCAAGGUUACGGUCGACGUCCUGACAAAGACGGGCGUCGCUGAGGGCAAGGAGAUCCCGCCGAGGUUGGUGCUGGGAAGUGAUGCUGUUGACGUCAUUAGGAAGAAGUGCCAAGAAACACUCAAGCUGUUGGAAGAGUGGGAGGACAUCGCAAAGUCAACCGGUUAUGACGAGUAAAACUUGAAAGGGGCGCUGAUAAGAAUCAACAUGUAUCGAGUGUAGCACUAGGACUUAGAAAUCGAUGUUAGAUAAAGCUGUUUUUCUUGAUUAUUCGACCACUGCUAUGAUUAUUGGCUCAUAGCAUCCUUCUUUGGGC